ACAGUCAUUGCCUUCCCCGCUCUGCAUGUCUCUCGCGCCCUCCCCAUGCCGUGCCCUCGCGUCGACUCACCUCGUCACCCAACCGGCUCCAGCCGCCCCCUGCCUUUCUCAACAGUCGUCGCCGGCGAGGCAUGACGCGCCCCAGAGCCCAGAGCCCAGGGUCGCGAGUGGAGAUGUCUCGUCCAUAUUACCUCCUCACUGCCAUCGCGCCCCACGGAUCGCCCUGACUCCUUGCUUCCAUGGGCGCGCGGACCCCGCUUCCGCCGCACACCCCCCCCCCCUGCGCUGAUCUGGAACCUCACUUGCUCCUGCGCCGGGGCGUCCCUCACCUAUCUGUCCCCCUCACCUGCCACGCACCGCGCGCCACUUCCUCAUUCCGCCCCUCCGCCGCUCCCAUUGCGUUGCGGAAGACUGACGCGCUGUGGACGCCCGCAGGUCUGCGGUUGCCAGGGAGCCGUGCCGCUAGACUGAUGGAGCGGACGGAUUUCGUUCCAAUUGAACGGUUUCCGUCGCGAGCUCCGCGAUUUGUUUUUUCCCGUCGCCGUUUCGGCGCGAUUGGCUGACGAGCAAAGCGUGCCGCGCGGAGUGUUGGUCUUACGGAGUCAUUCGACGCAGAUGGUACCCCGCGCUUGUUGAAUUUCACGCAGAAAUCGCCUCGAGCUUUUAAGGACGUAGUGCUACUCUUGUCUCGUCUCACCCCUGCUCGCCUCCUCUCCGCCGCCUAAAUUCGCCCUAAAGCCGUUUGGCCCCUGCAAGCCCCAUUCCUCGGUGACACGAGGGAGCCCUUAGUGGGACCAGUGAAAUCGUAGUGAGAGACUCUGUAUUGAAGCAGCUGCUCCUCCGUCUGCCGGUGAAUGGUCACACCUUGCAGUGGCGCGCUUUGCCCUGGCUCCAACACUGCAGCCCACGGACCCGCUUGUAACGAGUCAGCUCCUAGCGGGUCUGCUCUUAACGAGUCCGGAGAGGCUGACGCUGCGCAUGGCACUGGAGGACUGCAUGUGUGCGGGCAGAACCACGCAGGCACGCAGGCGGAUGGGUGUCACGAAUACGAGCAAGCGCAUCAGCUUGUGGCGAGUACAAAGUGUACAUGUGGGCAUGAGUCUGUGCACGGCCGCAACCUUGCUGAAGGGGUGCAGGGAACACACGGGGAGGGGGCAAAAGUUGAGAGUGCAGCAGGGUUACUCGUGGUUACCACAUCUGGAGCUCUGUGCAGUGGCUGCUGCGGGUGUGGGUUGCAGGCGGAUGCACUGGAGGCACUGCCCGAGGGGAGGGCUGGUGACGUGAAGGGGAACGGAGGAGGGGAGUUGGGGGGAAGAGAAAGGGGAGGAGGGGAGGAGGGGGCGGAGAGAGGCGGAGAAAAGGAGGGGAAGGGGGAGAGUGAGAAGGGUAAGGACAUGGGGAAUACGGCCAGUUUAAGUUUGGUUGGGAAGGGGGAGAAGAAGGCAGGGAAUAAUGGGGAAGAGGGAGGGAUAGCAGCUGCAGGAGCACCACUAUUGGUGGCAGCAGCACCGGCAGCAGCACCAGCAGCACCAGCAGCACCAGCAGCAAAUCGAGAAGCAGCAGCGGCAGCAGCAGCAGCAGCAGGGGUGACUGCAAGGGUUGGAGAUGGGGGGGUGGAAAGUCUGUGGCAAGGGUGGGACGAAGAGGGGAAGGGGAGCGGAGAGGGGAAGGUUGGGGGAGAGGAUGGGGGGGAGGAGAGUCCGAGGGAGGCCGGGCAGAGGAGGGACGUGAGGUGGAGGGGCAGGGGCGUGGGAGUGGGGGCGAGCGCUGGGGUGGGUGUGGGGGUCAGUGUGGGGAGGCGUGUGGGGAGGAGUGUGGGGGAGAGUGUGGGGGAGAGUGCGGGUGUGAACAUAUAUGCGAGGGCAACAGCUGCUGACUUCGUCAAUAGGAAGCAGAUCGGCACGGGACGCAACGCAGUGGUGUAUGCAGCCACGUGUGUCAAAACGGGACGCAAGGUAGCUGUUAAGGCGUAUGUCAAGUCUGCUUUAAGUGCUCUUGAUCGACAUCGGAUCAACCGGGAGGUUGCGCUGCUGAUGACACUUAACCACGAGCACAUCAUUCAGUGGCUGGGCCACUUCGAGGACACGCAGUGUGUGUACAUCGUCCAGGAGUGGGCGUCAGGGGGCGAUUUAUUCGAGGAGCUGAGGGCAAGCGGGGGCCACAUGCCAGAGGCGCGCAUAGCCAAGCACAUCCUGCUGCCGCUGCUGGCAGCGCUGCACCACAUGCACGCCAAGGGGAUCGUACAUCGGGACUUGAAGCCGGAAAACCUCCUGCUGACCUUUCACGGCACACUCAAGGUGUGUGACUUCGGCCUGGCGAUCAACAUGAAAGAGGAGCGGCCAGCCAGUCGUCUAGGCACUCUGCAGUACAUGGCGCCUGAGGUGGUGCGCAUGGCACGCGGGCAGCGCGGGAGGGUGGCGCAAGGGGGGGAGGGCAACGGGGAGGGGUCGAAGAGCAGGGAGAAGAGGGGUGGGGCGGAGGAGCCCAGGGGGCAGGCGGGGGGGCAGGGGCAGGUGACAGCUGCAGAUGCUGUGUACGAUGAGAAGGUGGACAUCUGGGCGUGCGGGGUGCUGGUAUACGAGCUGGUGAUGGGCCAUCCGCCCUUUGAGGGCUCAUCUGACGUGCACACGGCCACCAACAUACUGCACCGGGAGCUGACCCACUCCAUGCUGCCUGACGCCAUGUCCGCGGCAUGCAAGGACUUCAUUUGCCGGGUGCUUCGGAAAGAGCCUGCAGAACGCCCCUCUCUCCUCCAAAUGCUGGACCACCCCUUCGUAUCUGGUCACUGCAGGGGGCGGCCCCUUUUUAAGGAGGUCAGGCAGGUGGUGUUGGAGGAGAGGUGGCGGCAGGAGCGGGAGCGGGAGAUGGGGGAGGAGCGGAGGAGGAGGGUGGAGGGGCAGAGGGAGGAGGAGAGGAGGAGGGAGUGGUGGGAGGAGCAGCGGAGGGUGAUGGUUAUGAGGAGGAAAGGGGUGGAUGGCGGAGAGGUGGCCAAUAAGGGCGUUGAGAAGGAGUGGGAGGGGAAGGGGGAGGGAGAUGGUUUUGGCAAGGGCAUGGCGGGGGUAACACCAUUAACAAUGAGUCCUACACCCAGCAGCCCAUCAGGGCGUUUCGCCUUUCCCCCCACUCCCUUUUCUCCCACGUCUCCCCUCCCCCCACCUCCUCUCUUGGCCUCAAUCGCCGCACCCUCUGCAUCUACUACACCCGCGUCCUGGUUAUUAUCACCUGCGUUUGUAGCUCCACCAGCAUCACCCCCUCUCGCUCUCCCCACCUCCCCGCCUAGCCCAACCGCAUCCGAUUCCGGAAGUUCCCCCCAGGCAGUCCCUGUAUCGUUUCCUAAAGUCACAGCGCUUACUGGAACAGAACAGCAAGUGAAACCCCUGCCUUGUGCACGAGGGAAGGCACAGCAAGCAUGGGUUUGUGCUGCUGUUGCAGGAGGGGGUGUGGGAGGGACAGUUGCAGGAGGAGCAACAGCAGAAGUAGUUCCAGGAGCAACAAUUUCAGGAGCAAUUUCAGCGGCAAUUUCAGGACCACCUUCAGGACCAGUUUCAGUUUUAGAAGCACAUGUAGAGACGGUGCCACAAUCUGGAGAGCGCAAGCCAUUUUCUUGGCUGCACCCUUUUCAGGGCUGGACUUUACCAGUGGGUAGGCACGUGCAGUGAUAGUGCAAACUUUUGCAACAGUCAUUGCUGAAGCGAUCUUUUAGCCUUUGCCCAGGAGACGGU